UUCGCGCUCCGGGCUACUGCCGCCGCUGCGCCAGGAAGUUGGAGGAGCCAGGGGAGACCAGGAACAGCAAUCGGCUUAGCUGGACUGCGGCGAUUUCGGCUAGCACACCUUCCAGAAAGAAACCCGACCUCUCCAAGACCGCGCAGAGGGACGCCGCGCCCCGACUUCCAGAUUAACCCAAGCGCACCCCCUCCCGACUCUGCGCGGGGAGAGAGGCGCGGAGCCGCGGGGUCCUGGGAAGCCUGAGCAGCACAAGCCUCUGCUUCGGCGGCUCCCAGCCCGCAGCCCGCUUGCGAGAAGCCGGGGCAGGGCCGGGGUGGACGAGAGAGGGACCGCUGCCGCUGAGGCCCUUCCCCGCUCGCCGCGCCCCCCGCCACUUGGCCCGCUGGCCAUGGCCGACGGCGGCGGCACCAGCAGCUCGGGCUCCUGGUGGAGUUCGCUAAAGAACAGCAGGAAGAAAAGCAAGGACGCCGCGGGGGGUGGGAAGCCUCCAGCCCAGCCUGACCCCGGGGAACCCGCGGCGCCCGCCCCGCCUGGCCCCGACUGGACAAGCAGUUCCCGGGAGAAUCAGCAUCCCAAUCUCCUCGGGGGCGCCGGCGAGCCCCACAAGCCAGACAAGUUGGGCGGGGAGAAAUCGGGCAACAGCCGCCGAAAUUUGAAGAUCUCGCGCUCUGGCCGCUUUAAGGAGAAGAGGAAAGUGCGCGCCACUCUGCUCCCCGAGGGAGUCAGGUCCUCGGAGGAGGCGAGCUUCUCUGGUGACCCGCACGACGACAAGCAGUAGCCCGAGAGCUCUAGGACUCUCUUCGCACCACGCCUCCCCAACCCCCAGGGCUAAACCCGAGAAUUCUGCCCCGCCCCUGUACUUGGAGUCUCAUCCCACCAAAUUCUGAAUAUUCGCACAAGGCCUCCAGAUUUUAUUUUCCUGGAAAUUGACGUGACAAUUGAGUGUUCCAUAUAUCACGACUCAAGUGUGCAUUAAAUAUUUAUUCGUGGUAAGAGAAGAUAACGCAGAGGAAGUUGGCACAAUUUUUUUUUUUUUCAAAAAACUUCAGUGGCCACCUUUGCGUCGCCCGUGGGAGUGAGAAGGGUACUUUUGUAAGAGACCUUAGCUCAACUGGAAUUGCGCAGCCCUCCACUGAGGAUGGCAUGCUCUGAUUCCGAACUUGCUAUUGGAAAGCAAAUCACAGUGCUAUCUUCAAUGCCUGAGAAAUGCACUUUAGGAGUACUUCUGUAGACAUACCUUAAGUGAAGGGAUGGGAGACAGCAGGAAGCAUUCUUAAGUAGAAGCAUUUUAAGUAAGGCAAGAUUGCUUUUAAUGUUGAACUGCAAAACUGU